UCUUUUUUCAACAAAUUUACAUUUUACCAAUUAGAAUUAAUUAUAUCGAAUUUUUAAAACAAUAUUCACCAAAUGACGAACUUUUUUAUGAAAAUGAACAAAGAAUGAGAAGACCACCAACGACAAUGAAUGAAAAUAUUCGCCGAAAUGCAUCUCAACGAUCGGAUAUCAAUGAUGUUUCAAUGAAAAUUCGAAGAAAAUUAUCUCAUUCGUAUAAAGAAAU